GACUGAAGAGCAGGGGAAAAACACUCAAAGUCGGGUCAACACACCUUGCUUCAACGGAAUAAGUCGACAUAGCACUGGUUUCGAUGAAUGCUUCCUGAGACAAGCUAUCAAUCGGACUAGCGCGUGGCGAUCGAAGCAAAAACUCAACGAGUAAUUGUGUCGAUUAUUCUCGAACAAUCAGAGUAAUCCUGCCAAGAGAAGGGAGACGAAACAUAAGUUUUCGCAAACGUCGACGAGUAUCCUCUACGUAAUACAAACGAGUGGAACGCCACUUUUUUUAAAAGGUAUGUUUCUUUUGUUGAUAUUCUGAUAUAGGAUCGGAGCGGAGCGACAACACCAACAAAGUAGACUUUCGUCUGCAAUUUCUAAGAGUGCUGUUAAGUUUGAAGUAAAUGUAUAGAGUACCGCGACUGUCCAAAUCUCUUUAAUCGUCAUAUACUAAAGAACGAGAUACCUAACAGACAAUGGUCACCGUAUUCUUACCCCGUGUGAACAAAAGAAUCUGGUACGAUCUCAAACAUGUGCAUCAAGUGAGUCACGAGAUGCAUGUGAUAUUUACCUCUCAUAUCCUUCAAAUGAUUCACAAAACUAAAAUAGCUCUGGUUGUUUUUAAAAGCCGUUUCUUCAACAAAGCACUAGUUAAGAAUAUUUCCUCUGACGUUUUAGAUUUUGAAGGAGUUUUCACUAUAUUAGAAAUACGUUUGAUCGCAAACGGAAACGUAGAACAAACCGUAAUAUCUUUCAAGUGGAUAAAGGCCAACAUCCUGUAUUCAAUGAAAUUUACGAAAUGCGUAAAGAAGCUCUUUAUUAACAGCCUUUGGCGACAGCAAAAUGUAAAGGACUGAAAAGCUUGCUUGACUUAGACUAAAAAUAGUUUCAACAAAAAAUGUGGUGCUGCGACGGUGAGGGGUAUUUGGAUAAUUUGGUUGUAUCAACCGAGAAUGAAAUAAUAAUGUAAACUGGCCACCGUGGCGGAAAUUCGCUUUGGCGUCAUCCGCCCUGAAGAAGGGCUAAGCCCAUGAAACGUCAGUUUCAGAAACUCUUUACGGUAGCUAAUUUAUAUUAUCAACUCAGUUGAGAGAUCCAAAUCAUCUGGCUUUGUCAUCAACCAUAUUUGCCUUCGGGCAGCAAUUUGUUCGGUAGUCCACAAGAAUCAUAGCAAAAGUUUUCAAGUCAGCACACAAUGAACGCCACAACAAAAGUGUGAGAACUUCACGACAACCGUUUGAAAAUCUCACUGCAAUGGCAAGUAUAUAUUUUUCUGUCUUUAAUAAAGACAUUUUUUUCCGUCAAUUCUAAAAUAGAUCAUUUUUCUCAAAUUAAAGUAUGUGUGAACAUGAUUUUUUAAAUUGUACGUCAAACUUUCGCCAUGAUAAUUGUGGGUCAUCAUUUUAUUGAGAUAUCUGCUCUCUAGGUCCGCUCAAUCACAUACUUCGUGAAGGAAAGGAAAAGGGUUGAGUCAGUUUCAUUGUAAAUUAUUUUGUAAACGCACAGCCGCGCAAGGUUCGUCGUAAUGUCCUGGAGACGAUUUUCACAGCGUUAUGUUAUAAAGUCACGCAAUGUUAGAUUGCGUGACCUCAAAAAAUCACAUCUUUCUACAACGGUUAAAUUAGUUAAGUGGGGUUAAAUUACUUUAAACUUAAUUUGUUAGCUUGAAAGUAUGCUCUCUGAAGUUAUCUGAAGGGUUAUAUGGCCCAAUGAAUAUUUUCUAAGUCUAAAAUAUCUCCUGAUGGUGAAAGUGAUGACUGAGCUAAGUGAGCUCUUUCGUCUCUUCGUUCCUCUGUUCUUUCGUUUCUUCGCUCCUAAAUUCCUUCAUUCCUUCUUUCCUUCUUCGUUCCUUCGUUUCUUCGUUCCUUCGUUCCUUCGUUCCUUCGUUCCUUCGUUCCUUCGUUCCUUCGUUCCUUCGUUCCUUCGUUCCUUCGUUCCUUCGUUCCUUCGUUCCUUCGUUCCUUCGUUCCUUCGUUCCUUCGUUCCUUCCUUAAUUCUUUCGUACCUUGCAAGAAUUUACUUCCUCUGUACUGUUGACAUGUUUUUUUUUCUCUUCUCACAGUGAUACGAAGGUCAGCUUCCUUCAUAUGAUUUUAUGGAAAUUAAAUGUACGUUCGUGCAACAUAUAAAAAAAAUCUGGUUGUUGUUUAUUGUCACUUUGUUCCUUUGCGGAUGGGUCAUCAUUGAAAAACUGGACAAACCUAACAUAAUAACACCUUAUUUUUAUGAUCAACAAAAAGAUAACGUCUAUAACAAAAAUUCUACAUCUUGGCUUGAAGAAGUCACCGUAUAUGACGUUAAGCAAUGGCAGAAGAAAUUCUACACUUCGCUGGCUAGAAUACGAGAAAAACCUCCAAAUGAAUGGAAAUCAAGUGUAACCAGGAUUAUGGCUUAUAAUGUGUACACUCAAGGGUUGUUGGACAAUUUACGACAGUUCAAACUGACAAGAAAUGAACUUGGACAAAGUGUGCACAUUGGCGCAAAUAACGGUUUGUUGCUGUUUCCAGUGGUAGCAUCAUGUAAGCCCAUAUUACCUGAUGUGGUUCUCUAUAACAGGAUAUUUAAGACCGGAAGUGAAACGACGGGUGCGUUGUUUGGUUUCUUAAGUUACGUGAUGGAUUAUCUGUACACCAAACGUGAGUAUUUUUUGUAGCAAACUACUUAAAGUGUUCAUGACUUGUCAUAGUUUGUGGUCAUUAUUUCAUUAUCUUCUGCCUGGUAGAAAGAGGGGGGGGGGUCGGAGAAUCUUGAUUGUAUCACGAUAAAAUUUACUUGAUCUUCCCCUGAGCCAUUCUAACAUGUUUAUGAUCUCACCUCAUUGGCAGUCAAUUUUUUUACAGUUUUUCCUGUAUAUUCUGUUGGCGACGACUCAGUGAUACCCAUCUAAAUCCUCUGAAAUUAGUGUCGCAUGCAACAACCAACCAGAAUAGAGAUACAUUUCUGCAGAAACCAAUAAGAUCUAAGAGCUAAGGAAAUGUAUUCAAAAUAAUUAACAGAAGAUGCAUACUGAGGCUGUGUUAAUGGCGCUGUUUUUCGGUUUAUUUAUUGUCCGUUGUGACCAUAGAUAUUAAUUAGAAGUUGCGUUUGUUCUUACUUUAUGACAGAAACAACAGAAGAUUUCUAUGACGAGGGCGUCUCUGCACCAUAUCCAAUGAUUAUUGAACGUAAAGUCAGAGGAAGUCGAAAAGUGCUUUUUAAUGCACACUUUUUCUUCAGAAACAACUUGGACCUAGAAUUGCGUUCUCAUACUUACAUUAAUCAAGUUCGAGAGCCAGUUGCAAGAUUUCUAUCCCAUUACUCCUACAUGCGAAGUACAAACCGACCCAAGGAUAGAAUACAACAGAUGAUUGACAGUGGCGAAUGGAACGAAACUAUUGAAGAAUGUUUCGAGAAACAAAGCCAAGGUUGCAGACGUAAUGUCAUGACGCGUUUUUUCUGUGGAACGGACAGAUUUUGCAAGAGCGACGCGCCUAACGCGCUCAUUAAAGCGAAGGAAAACAUUUUACAACAUUACGCUGUUGUUGGUUUGCUGGAACAUUUUCAAUUAACUUUAAAAAUUCUACAAAGGCGACUGCCCUUUUUCGUGCCAGUUGUACCAAGGAACCCCAGUGAAUUGAGAGUCAAUGAAGGUGUUAAAGGCAAGAACGUUUCCGUUAGUGAGGAAAUGAUUUCUAAGAUAAAACGAGCAAACUGGGCUGACAUGGAACUUUACGAUUUUAUAAAAGAGAGAUUUUGGAAACAGGCACGAGCUUGUGGGCUGUCUUAGCCACUUAGCUCUCAAGAUUUAAUCAGGAAUUCUCCCCUCUUGCUCUCAUACGUCACCUUGUAAACUAGUAAUGAGAAAUGAUACACCGUUGGGCUGAUCAGUUUGUCUACACUCAUUACUUACUUGCAGCAUAAUUUUUAAUAGUUUCGGGAAAAGGUGCAUUUUGAUCUCUUCUUGGAGUGAAUGGUUAACCAACUCCUUCCUGAGAUAUUAUAAUUAUUUAUUUUGUAGCUAUUUGUAUAUGCAGAUAUAUAUAUAUAUAUUAUGAGAAUUAUUGAAGCAGAGCAAUUAUUCGGAAUAUACGUCGCAUAACUCAC